AAGAGAUAUAACCGACUUAGCAUUAUCAUUUUUCUAAAGCAUUCCUUUAUCAUAUCUCCUCCAUAGCGAUUUAUUGGUUGCAGUAUAAUGAUAAAGUAUUUUAACGACAAACUGUUACGGGGAAGAGAUAAGCAACCAAGCGUGUCUGGGAAAUAAACGUUUUACUUGCAGAGAAGCAUGUGAUAGCAUCGUAAGAAGUAUUACGGAAUUCAUCAGUUUAAAGGAUUUUUUUCUUUUAACUUUACUUGCUAGUGACGGUACAGGCAAAGCAGAAAAGGGUGUAGUUUAUAGGAGUUUUGGACUUGUUUAUAAUAACAAAAGAUAUGACUCUGGAAAAUUUUGUAACCUCAUGUGAGCUAUGGCUCAGACUAGCCAUGUUUAUUCUUGGACCGCUCAGAAGUGCACUGUUGAAUGUUCUUCACAACAAUGGUGUGCCCAAACAACCAAAAGAUUUGUACAGUUUCUUAGUUUCUAAAAGAACUAUAUUGGCACGUUUAAAAGGCAAAGGAGUAAUUUCGCAACCGCAAUGGAAACUGUUAUUUCCAACUGGUAAAAAGAAACAGACUGUAACCUAUUUGAUAUCACGUUGAUUGUAUUGCUUGUUGAAGCAUUGACAUCAAUUGCACCUAAUGAUGGAAAUUGGCGAAAUGAUAAUCCCCCGGAUACAGACACAUCUGUAGGAGCAUUUUGCAUCAGAGCAAGAAAUAUGCGUAACUUUCUUAAUCACUUUCCUGAUAUUACAACUCUAAAUGGUUCUGAAUAUUCACUUAAAUGGAGCGAACUGCUUAAGAUAUUACAUGGUUUAAAUUAUAACCCCCCAUUUAACGUUAAUGAUCUAAAAACAGUAAGUUUAGAUCUUCAAAACAAUUUAUUACUACGAUCAAUUGUUUUGGCCAAUCAAAUUAAGUUAAAUUAUCAUGACACUGAAUUACAUGAAUUAAGAAAUACCAAUAUGUCACUUAAAACUCAGAUAACGUCGAACGUAACUAAUUUGGAGGGAAAGUUAUUAUGCAUGCAAAAUGAGUUAUGGUGUAGUUCCCUUGUAAGUGACGAUCUUCUAACACAGAUUAAACAAAUUCACAUGAAUAUGUCACAGAUGCAAAAUGAUAUUAGAUCUAUGAAAAAAGAUGUAAAAGGUUUAUCCGAUCGCACUGAACUUUUGGAAGACGAUGUGUGUAAAUUAAAAGGCCAGCAGCAACAUCAGUAUAAUGAUUUAUCUAAUCGCACAGACGUUUUACAGGAGGAUAUGUGCAAAUUGAAAGACGAUCAACGCCAGUGUAAAGCAAACAAAGUUGAUUUUAACAACCUAACGAGUGUUCCUGCUUUAAAUGUUGUUGCAAAAAUGAUUGGAGAUGAUUGGAAAGAUUUGACUAAAGGGCUUGGAAUAUCACAAAAUGAUAAUGCGGCAGAAACAACUGAAAGCAAAAUGAAGGAAUGUUUUGAACAAGCUGAAAACCGCGUUUAUUGGAAAGAAUUAAAGUAUGAACUUGAGAUGCUGCGACGACAAGAUAUUAUUAAGGAAAUCACUUCUAAAACUUUAUGCACAUAUGGGUUAAACGAAUAUUCCAAUAAGUUAAGGGACCAUUACAAGAAAACGCUAUCACAUUGGAAUAUUCCCUCUGCAUUUAAGUCAGAUUCUGGAAGAAAACACACAACAAAAGAACGCAACGAAGCUUAUGUUGAUUUGAUAGUUGGUCCAUGGAAUGAAGCGCAUUCCACUGAUCAUGAACAUUUUUUAAAAUCACAUUCUGCUUUAAAAGAAAAAAUAGAAAUAAAGGAUAUUGUGAAAGAAAGCGAUGGAUGUGUUUUAAUUAGAGGUAUUGCUGGCAUUGGAAAGACAUCACUUAUUGAUCAACUUGUUUUUCAGUGGGCAGAUGGUAAAAUGCUAAAUGAUUUCGAUUUUGUUUUCAAAUUUACAUGUCGUCAAAUAAACACAAUAACCAAUACUUUCCCAUGGGAAGAACUUGUCAAAAGAUUUUUCCCCAAUGUUUAUCAAGAUUUCUUUAAUGAGUUGCUUGAAAAUAGUAGCAGAGUUUUAAUAAUCGUAGACGGUAUUGACGAAUUUCGAUACCUUGAUGAUAUCAAAGAAAUUGCUGCGGGGAAUCCUAUGCACGAACUUGGAUCUAUCAUGCACAACAUCAUAUUAGAAAGUUCUUCACUACUGCCCAAUAGCAAGGUGCUUGUAUGCGGUCGACCGCAAGCAUGUGAUAUAAUCAAAAAUUUAUUUCUGACAAGUCAGCAACCAAAAUUGAUAGAAGUUUCUGGUUUUGAUGAAAACAGCAUCGGUAUUUACGUCAAAAAGUUUUUUAAAAACAACACAGAAAAGAUUAAAUCAUUGCAUGUAUCACUUAAUGAAAUCUCAAAUCUUAAGGCGAUGGCUCACAUACCCGUUUAUUUGCAUACCAUAUGCAAUGUGUACGCAUCUGAAAAGAAACUCGAGGAUCUUAACACAACUACAAAAUUAAACAUCGCAGCCUGUUUGGUAUUUUUGCGUGAUCAUAUGAGGGAAUUUAAAAGUAAGAACAAUUCUCUAGCCAAAUUAUCACAAGACCAAAAUAUACAACAAAUGGUUAGAAAAGCAUCACAAUUUGCUUAUAAAUCGCUUCAAGAAAAAAGAAUAUUUUUCACCCAAGAUGAGUUUGAAAAUGAAUGUAGCGACUGUUUAACAGCUAUCGAACAGUCAGGUAUUAUCGAGAAAGUAGAAGGUAAUGAUGAUGGAGACUUUUUUCAGUUUAAACAUUUAAUUUUGCAAGAAUUCUUAAGCUCUGUCCAUAUCUUUCAUGCUGCAAUAGAUAUAAAGGUAUGUAUUUCAAAAUUUGAGAAUAUGCGUAAUUGCCUUCCAUUGGUUGCUGGAUUGCGUGGAAUACUUGAGGAUACCUAUCACGGCCCCAAUUAUAUUAAACGGUUUGUUGAAGAUAUUAGAGGACCACGUAAUCUUUGUUCAGUGGAAGGCUUGUUCGAAGAUAUAGAUCAGGAAUUAUAUUUACAGACAUUUUUUGAAUAUCAUAACAAUAACGUUGAUGAUGUAGUAAAAGAAUCUUUUUUCAAUAUAAACGAAGCUUCUGUACGUGUUCGCUACCAUCAUCUUUUAAAUCAAUUGAUAUAUUUUUUAAAAACAAAUAAAAAAGUAGUACCAAAAAAACUAACACUUAGUAUUGAGAUGUUGGAUGGUGAGUUAUUACCGAAUGAAAUGGUUGAAUUGUCACCACUACUCAGUUCUUCCGUUGUUACUACUGAGCAUCUUAAAAUCCUUGACACACAUUUAACCAUCGACGAUAUUUCUUCGAUAUCAACAGACACAAUCAAGCUAAAAAAAAUAACUUUAAUUGAUUGCGAAUUAACCGAUGAUCAUAUCAAACAUUUACAAUCAUGUAUACCAUAUUUGAAAAGUUUGGAUGUUUGGGACAACAAUACUAUGACGCCGACCUCGAUGGAAUCCAUAUCGGAAUGUGUUACAGAAGCGGCUAAUAGAAAUACUAACAAGCUAGAAAAAUUGAAUUUAAGUUAUUGCGAAUUAACCGAUGAUCACAUCAAAUAUUUGCAACCGUGUAUGCCAUAUUUGAAAAGCUUGGAUCUUACUGACAACAAUACUAUGACGCCGACCUCAAUGGAAUGUAUAUCAAAAUGUGUUACAGAAGCAUUUAAUAAAAAUACUAACAAGCUUGAAGAAUUGGAGUUACGUGAUUGCUUAUUAACCGAUGAUCACAUCAAAUAUUUGCAACCGUGUAUACCAUAUUUGAAAAGUUUGGAUCUUAGUAACAACAAUACUAUGACGCCGACCUCAAUGGAAUGUAUAUCAAAAUGUGUUACAGAAGCAUUUAAUAAAAACCCUAACAAGCUUGAAGAAUUGAAGUUAAGUAAUUGCGACUUAACGGAUGAUCAUAUCAAACAUCUGCAACCGUGUAUGCCAUAUUUGAAAAGUUUGGAUCUUAGUAACAACAAUACUAUGACGCCGACCUCAAUGGAAUGUAUAUCAAAAUGUGUUACAGAAGCAUUUAAUAAAAAUACUAACAAGCUUGAAGAAUUGAAGUUAAGUAAUUGCGAAUUAACCGAUGAUCACAUCAAAUAUUUGCAACCGUGUAUACCAUAUUUGAAAAGUUUGGAUCUUACUGACAACAAUACUAUGACGCCGACCUCAAUGGAAUCCAUAUCGGAAUGUGUUACAGAAGCGGCUAAUAGAAAUACUAACAAGCUAGAAAAAUUGAAUUUACGUUAUUGCGAAUUAACCGAUGAUCACAUCAAACAUUUACAAUCAUGUAUACCUUGUUUAAAAAGUUUGGAUCUUACUGACAACAAUACUAUGACGCCGACCUCGAUGGAAUCCAUAUCGGAAUGUGUUACAGAAGCGGCUAAUAGAAAUACUAACAAGCUUGAAGAAUUGAAUUUACGUUAUUGCGAAUUAACCGAUGAUCACAUCAAACAUUUACAAUCAUGUAUACCUUGUUUAAAAAGUUUGGAUCUUACUGACAACAAUACUAUGACGCCGACCUCGAUGGAAUCCAUAUGGGAAUGUGUUACAGAAGCGGCUAAUAGAAAUACUAACAAGCUUGAAAAAUUAAAGUUAAAUUAUUGCUACUUGAACAAUGAUUAUAUCAAACAAUUGCAGCCGUGCAUACCAUAUUUGAAAAGUUACUAGGAGUUUGCGUCGACCUCAAUGUAAUGCAUACCAAUAAAUUUAGUACAGAAGCCUUCAAUAAUCAUACUAAAACGACUAGACUUUUAAAAAUGGACAUAACAGAUGAUCAUAUCAACGAAUUGUUACAGUGAAAACCUUAUUUAAAAAGUUUGAAUUUAUCUUACAUACUUAUAACAUCGACCUCGGCGAAACUGUUAGAAAAGCCUAAAAACAAGAACUUACAAGUCAGAAGAAUGUAAAAAGGAUAUGGUAUAAAUUGUGUAAAGUUUUAAUUCUGAAUAAAGUUUCUUUCUUA